UCCUCUUCUUCCGGCGGCCGCAGGGCACGGAGAGCGACCUCUGCGCCAGCGGUGAGGGACGAACCUCCUGCCCGCCAGGCCCCUCUCACAUCACCUUGCCAGGGAGAUCUGCUCAGAUCAUUGGGGUCUGCAAGACCUUUGGGAAGGCCAUCGCUGAGAAAGGGAAAAGAGCAUCUCCAGACCCUCCCUGGUGCGGCCCUGCCCGGGAACCACCAGUCAGCUUCUUGGACAGACGUAAGUCCUUGGGAAUUCCCACCAGCGCCCUCUGAGGGAGGCUACAGACCACGGACAUCUCACAGCCCUGCGGACAGUGUCUGGGGGCGUCUCUAACUAGCUGAACAAAGUGGGCCUGUGUGCAGCAUCCGGCCCAAGAGCCCUCAAUCUUCCGUGGCCUUUGAGAAGGGAUUCCGGCAUCCUGGAUACUUUUUUGGAUUCCCGAGGCGGCUCUGGUGCGCGCCAGCAGGCAUACUGCUGCCUCAAAGAGUUGGGCAAGAUGCUGUUCGGCGUAAAGGACAUUGCACUGUUGGAACACGGGUGCAAGGCCCUGGAGGUGGACAGUUACAAGUCCCUGAUGAUCCUGGGGAUCCCAGAGGACUGCAAUCACGAGGAAUUUGAAGAGAUCAUACGGGUCCCCCUGAAACCUCUAGGCAAGUUCGAGGUGGCUGGGAAGGCCUUUGUGGAAGAAGAGAGAUCCAGGGCAGCCAUCAUUAGGCUGGCGGAGGACAUCAACUACGCUGUGGUCCCCAGGGAGAUCAAGGGCAAGGGCGGUGUGUGGAGAGUGGUCUACAUGCCGCGGAAGCAGGACGUUGAAUUCUUGGCCAAGCUGAACCUCUUUCUGCAGAGCGAGGGCAGGACGGUGGAGGAUGUGGCCCGGGUCUUGAGACAGGAACUGUGCCCAACAGUGAAGGGCCCCAGAGAGCUGCCUGCAAGAAAGUGCUGUGUGCCCGGGCUGGGGGAGAAGCCAGAGGCUGGGGCCACCGCCAGGGUGGAAGCAGGGCCCCAUCUGGACUCUUCAGAGGAGAGCAAGGCUGGAGAUAGCAAGAGGGGCAAGAAGAGGCACAAGAAAAACCGGCGACGGCAUCAUGCAUCUGACAAGAAGCUGUGAGAUGAGGUCGGGUGGGCGUGGGGACGUCUGCGUGGGUGUGGGUGAUGAGCGUGGGAGGGUAGGUGCCUCUGAGUGAAUUUGGGUGAUGCGAGUGAGUGCGGGUAACAUGAGUGAGGAUGGGUAUUGUUCCCGUGAGUGGGUAACUUAAGACAGAUGAAUGGCUAACACACAUAUGAAAAAAUGUUCAUCAUCCCUAUGUAUUAGAGAAAUGCAAAUCAAAACAACCCUGAGAUAUCAUCUAACCCCAGUGAGAAUGGCCCACAUCACAAAAUCUCAAAACUGCAGAUGCUGGCGUGGACGUGGAGAGAAGGGAACACUUUUACACUGCUGGUGGGACUGCAAACUAGAACAACCUUUCUGGAAGGAAGUACGGAGAAACCUCAAAGCACUCAAGCUGGACCUCCCAUUUGAUCCUGCAAUCCCAUUACUGGGCAUCUACCCAGAAGAAAAAAAACCCUUUUAU